UUGGUGGUCUCGGGACACAGCGGAUCACCGAUCCACGGAAAGAGCCGAAGAUGUCGGCUCAGUCAUGUGAUCAGCUGUGUCCAAUCACAGCUGAUCACAUGGGGCAUCUACACAGAUCAUCAGGGCACUGAUGAUCAGUGUGCCCUGAUGAUCAGUGUAGCCCCAGCAGUGCCACCUGUCAGUGUCUAUCAGUGCCUUGUGCCAGUGCUCAUCAGUGCCUUGUGCCAGUGCCCAUCAGUGCCACAUAUCAGUGCCUACCAGUGCACAUCAAUGACACAUAUCAGUGCCCAUCUGAGCUGCCUUUCAGUGCCACCUAUCAAUGCCAAUCAGUGCCACCUAUCAGUGCUGCCAAUCAGUGCCAGUCAGUGCAGCCUAUCAGUAUGCAUCAGUGUCGUCUAUCAGUAUCUUUCAGUGCCACCUAUCAGUGCCUUUCAGUGUCCCCUAACAGUGCCAGUCAGUGCCGCCUGUCAAUACCCAUCAGUGCCACCUACCAGUGCCUCCUCAUCAGCGCCUAUCAGUGCCACCUACCAGUGUCCAUCAGUGCAGCCUAUCAGUGCCCAUCACUGCAGCCUCAUUAGUGCACAUCAGGGAAGGAGAAAAUCACUUAUUUACAAAAUGUUAUAACAAAAACUAAGAAAAGUUUUUUUUUCUUCAAAAUUUUCAGUGGUUGUUGGUUUGUUUAAGAAAAAAUAA